AUGCCUCCUCCGCAGAUCAAACAGGACCUCAACCGGUCCGGGUGGGAGACCACUGAUUUUCCAUCCGUCUGUGAAAGCUGCCUCCCGGACAACCCUUACGUGCAGAUGUUGAAGGAGGACUACGGAGCCGAAUGCAAGAUCUGCACUCGCCCCUUCACAAUCUUUCGCUGGAAAGCCGACCGCACCGCGCGCACCAAACGCACCGCCAUCUGUCUCACCUGCGCCCGUCUCAAAAACUGCUGCCAAUGCUGCAUGCUGGAUCUGUCCUUCGGCCUGCCCAUCGUCGUCCGUGAUGCGGCCCUGAAAAUGGUCGCCCCGGGGCCCGAAAGCUCCAUCAAUCGCGAAUACUACGCGCAAGGCCACGAGAAGGAGAUUGAGGAAGGACGCGGCGCCGUUGAAGAGUACGAGAAGACCGACGAAAAAGCCCGCGAGCUUCUCCGCCGGCUGGCCAACAGCGAACCCUACUACCGCAAACCCCGCCAACAGAUCGAAGGCCCCUCCGGCGAAGACGACGAAAAUGAGACCGCUGAAUCCUCCCGUGCCGACGGCGCCCCCGUUGUCCAUAGCCGCUACGGAAACGGCCCUGGCCCCAUCCGCACCAGCGAGAGCCGACGCGGAACCCCUCUGCCCGGCCGCGGGCGAGGAAACCUGCGCGGUGGCGGCCGCGGCGGACGGCCGUUCCCCGGCACGGCGCAGCUGCCCCCCUCUAAGGAGGAUAUCCUGCCGCCGGCCGACCCCAACAUCACGUCGUUGUUCGUUACAGGUGUGGAAGACGAUCUCCCGGAGCAUGCGUUGCGCACGUUCUUCACGCAGUUUGGUCAAUUGCGGUCGCUGGUGUGCUCCCAUCGAGCCCAUUCGGCGUUUGUUAACUACGCGAGCCGCGCAAGUGCCGAAGCCGCCGCGCAGCACUGUCAGGGCAAGGCGGUCAUCCAGGGAUGUCCACUGCGCAUUCGGUGGGGGAAGCCCAAGCCGCUGGAUAACAUGGAUCGGGAGGAGCGGUUGAAGUACGCCCGGGAAGGUCGUAACGCCGUUGGACCGUCCAGCGCGGCUUCCGGCAACAAGGCGAUCACGGCCGCUGGCGAAGAGACCGGGAAGCAGGCCGAGAAACCGCGCGCGUACGCCGUUGCGCCGCCCCCUGGUAGUGGUCCGGUCCAGUACUCGAGUAUGUCGGGCGACUAA